AUGCACCGAGUGAUGAAGGAGGAAUCCAGUUUCAGGACAAGCAGCCUGGAAAACAUGCCCCGAGACCCAGGCAAGGACAAGGUGCACAUGAAGCUGUGCAGUGGGUCCUGCCACGCCGAGCAAAUCCUGCAGACCCUCAACUCCUACCGGCACAGCGGCACCUUCACCGACGUGGUGCUGCUGAUCGACGGGCAGGAGUUCCCCUGCCACCGUGCCACCCUGUCAGCCAACAGCACCUACUUCAGGGCCAUGUUUGGUGGUGAACUCAAGGAAGGCCACCAGGACAUCAUCAACAUCCAGAAGAUCUCUGCCUCCACCAUGUCUCUCCUCCUGGAUUACAUGUACGGGGGGAACAUCAUCAUCCAGGAGGACAACGUUGAGGGCAUCUUGGAGCUGUCUGACCUGCUGCAGAUCUCCAAGCUCAGGGAUGCCUGUGUCACCUUCCUGGAGGGCCAGCUGCACCCGUGCAACUGCCUGGGCAUCAUGAAGUUCGCCGACUCCUUCUCCAUCGCGUCCCUGACCGAGAAGAGCAGGAGGUUCCUGCUGGAGUGUUUUGUGGAGGUGUCGUGCCACGAGGAGUUCCUGGAGAUGGGGGUGAAGGAGCUGGUGGGGUACCUGUCUGACGAGCAGCUGGUGGUGCCCAGGGAGGAGGUGGUGUUCGAGGCGGUGAUGCGCUGGGUGCGGCACGACGUGCCCGCCAGGAAGGGGGCCCUGAGGGAGCUCCUGGAGCACGUGCGCCUGCCCCUGCUCAGCCCCACCUACUUCCUGGAGAAGGUGGAGAUGGAUGGGCUCAUCCAGGACUCCAAGGAGUGCAUUCCCCUCCUGCACGAGGCCCGCAAGUGCUACAUCCUGGGGAACGAGGUCAGCUCCCUGCGCUCCAGGCCCCGGAGGUUCAUGGAGCUGGCAGAGGUCAUCGUGGUCAUUGGGGGCUGUGACAAGAAGGGCCUCCUGAAGCUGCCCUUCACAGACCUGUACCACCCCAAGAGCAGGCAGUGGACAGCCCUCUCCAGCGUGCCCGGGUACACCAAGUCAGAGUUCGCUGCCUGCACACUGAAGAACGACGUGUACAUCUCAGGAGGACACAUCAGCAGCAGCGAUGUCUGGGUGCUGAGCUCCCAGCUGAACGUCUGGAUCAAGGUGGCCUGUCUGCAGAAGGGCCGGUGGAGGCACAAGAUGGCAACGCUCCAGGGCAAGAUCUAUGCCGUGGGGGGCUUCGAUGGCUUUUACCGCCUCUCCAGCGUGGAGUGCUACGACACCUUCUCCAACAGCUGGUCCAGCCUGGCCCCGCUGCCCCAGGCCGUGAGCUCGGCCGCCGUGGUCUCCUGCCUCAACAGGCUCUACGUGCUGGGAGGGGCUGUGGACGACACCUCCAACACAGACAAGGUCCAGUGUUACGAUCCAGAGGAUGACAAGUGGACACUCUUGUCUCCCACCCCGUUUUACCAGAGGUGCAUCAGUGCUGUCUGCUUGGACAACAUCAUUUAUGUUGUGGGUGGGCUCCUCAGCAAGAUCUUCAGCUACGAUCCCAGGAAAGACAGCUGGAGAGAAGUGGCUGCCCUCCCUGGGCCUCUGGAGAGCUGUGGCCUGACAGUGUGUGGAGGGAAGAUCUACAUCCUGGGUGGCCGGGACGAGACCGGGGAGGGCACGGACAAGGCGUUCACGUUCGACCCGGCGACGGGGCUGGUGGAGCCGCAGCCGCCGCUGCAGCGCUGCACCAGCUACCACGGCUGUGUGACCAUCCUGCAGCGCAGGGACAGGUGA